AUGUCAGACUUGUUUGUGGUCUGGGACUGCCCACAGAUCCUUCCAAGCACCCAGAUCUAUAUCCCUGUCGGUGUGGUGAAGCCUAUCACUUUAACAGCCAAAAACUUGCCACAGCCGCAAUCUGGACAGCGCAAUUACGAAUGCAUCUUCCACAUCCCUGGGAGCCCCUCCCGUGUCACUGCCCUGCGUUUCAACAGUACCAGCAUCCAGUGCCAGAAUACCUCGUAUUUCUAUGAAGGGAAUGACAUCAGUGACCUCCCAGUGAAUCUUUCUGUUGUGUGGAAUGGAAACUUCAUAAUUGACAAUCCCCAAAACAUCCAAGCUCACUUGUACAAGUGCUCAGCUCUGCGAGAAAGCUGUGGGCUGUGCCUGAAGGCAGAUCCACGCUUUGAGUGCGGCUGGUGUGUGUCAGAAAAACGAUGUUCCCUCCGUCAACACUGCCCAGUAUCGGAAAGCAGCUGGAUGCAUGCAAGCAAUGGCAAUAGCCGUUGUGCAGAUCCCAAAAUCCUUAAGUUGUUUCCUGAAACAGGCCCCCGGCAAGGUGGGACUCGGUUGACCAUCAUUGGUGAGAAUUUGGGCCUGAAGUUUGAAGAUGUGCGCAUGGGUGUUCGGGUUGGCAAAGUGAUAUGCAUGCCCAUUGAAAGUGAAUAUAUCAGUGCUGAGCAGAUCGUCUGUGAGAUUGGAGAAGCCAGCCCCAGCAAAAUUCAAGAUGCUCCUGUAGAAGUGUGUGUCAGAGAUUGUUCCCCCAGCUAUAAGGCUAUAGCUCCAAAAAGCUUCACUUUUGUGGUUCCUACCUUCUCACAAGUCAUCCCAGAUCGUGGGCCUCUUUCUGGGGGUACCUGGAUUAGCAUCAGAGGAAGACAUCUCAAUGCAGGAAGUAACAUCACAGUAACCAUUGGAGGACAACCAUGUGCUUUUGCAGGGAGAAAUGCUGGUGAAAUCCAAUGUAGGACUCCAUCUGGUCAGAUUCCGGGUAGUUCAACCAUCCUCAUUCAUAUAAACCGGGCUGUGCUUAGCAGUUCUGAUGUUACAUAUUAUUAUACUGAGGAUCCUACAAUUCAAAAGAUAGAUCCUGAAUGGAGCAUCAGAAGUGGUGGGACAUUGUUGACUGUGACAGGCACCAACCUGGCCACUAUCAAAGCACCCAGAAUCCGAGCCAAAUAUGGCAGUGCUGAGAAGGAGAAUAAUUGUACAGUCUACAAUGAUACCACCAUGGUGUGUUAUGCUCCUUCCAUUAAUAACCCAGUCAAGAGCCCUUCAGAACUUGGUGAUCGACCAGAUGAAAUUGGCUUUAUUAUGGACAAUGUCCAAGCCUUGUUGAUCAUCAACAGAACUAACUUUAUCUAUUACCCAGAUCCUGUCUUUGAAUCUUUGCCAUCUGGUAUGUUGGAGCUCAAGCCAAGUUCUCCUCUUAUUCUCAAGGGCCGUAACCUACUCCCACCUGCAUCUGGUAAUUCCCGGUUAAACUACACUGUACUCAUUGGUGACACUCCGUGUGCUCUUACUGUUUCUGAAACUCAACUGCUCUGCGAGUCCCCAAACCUCACAGGACAACAUAAAGUGACGAUUAAGGCUGGGGGGUUUGAGUUCUCUCCAGGGAGUCUGCUGAUCUAUUCUGACAACCUGUUGACUUUGCCAGCCAUUAUUGGCAUUGGUGGAGGAGGCGGUCUUCUCCUGCUCAUCAUCAUAAUUGUCCUUAUUGCAUACAAACGAAAGUCUCGAGAUGCUGACCGUACCCUCAAACGUCUCCAGCUGCAAAUGGACAACUUGGAAUCACGUGUGGCCUUGGAAUGCAAGGAAGCUUUUGCUGAGCUGCAGACUGAUAUCCAUGAGCUGACCAAUGACUUGGAUGGGGCUGGCAUCCCCUUUUUGGAUUAUUGCACCUACGCCAUGAGAGUCCUCUUUCCAGGAAUAGAAGACCAUCCUGUCCUGAAAGAAAUGGAGGUCCAGGCCAAUGUGGAGAAGUCUUUGACACUCUUUGGGCAGCUCUUGAACAAAAAGCACUUCCUGUUAACUUUUAUUCGAACCUUGGAGGCCCAACGUAGCUUCUCCAUGCGUGACAGGGGUAAUGUGGCAUCUUUAAUUAUGACAGCCCUACAGGGUGAGAUGGAAUAUGCCACUGGAGUGCUGAAACAGCUUCUCUCAGAUCUGAUUGAAAAGAAUUUGGAGAGCAAGAACCAUCCCAAAUUGCUUUUGAGGAGGACUGAGUCGGUGGCUGAAAAAAUGCUGACCAACUGGUUCACAUUCCUUCUGUAUAAGUUCCUAAAGGAAUGUGCUGGUGAACCUCUGUUCAUGUUGUAUUGUGCCAUCAAACAGCAGAUGGAGAAGGGGCCUAUAGAUGCCAUCACUGGAGAAGCCCGCUAUUCCCUGAGUGAAGACAAGCUCAUCCGGCAACAAAUUGACUACAAAAUGUUGACACUAAACUGUGUGAACCCUGAGAAUGAAAAUGCUCCUGAAAUUCCAGUCAAGGUCCUAAAUUGUGAUACUAUCACACAAGUGAAAGAAAAGUUGUUGGAUGCUGUGUACAAAGGAGUACCAUAUUCCCAAAGACCCAAAGCAGGAGACAUGGAUUUGGUGAGCACGAUCCCCAGUGACCCCAUGCCCUUCUCUUCCAUCGGUGCAGAGUGGCGGCAGGGCAGGAUGGCUCGGAUAAUUCUUCAAGAUGAAGAUGUCACCACAAAGAUCGACAAUGACUGGAAAAGGCUCAACACUCUAGCUCAUUACCAGGUAACAGAUGGUUCAUCUGUGGCACUGGUGCCCAAGCAGAACUCUGCCUACAACAUUUCCAAUUCGUCUACUUUCACAAAAUCACUCAGCAGAUAUGAGAGUAUGCUCCGGACAGCUAGCAGUCCUGACAGUCUCCGUUCCCGGACCCCCAUGAUCACACCUGACCUGGAGAGUGGCACCAAGCUUUGGCAUCUGGUCAAGAAUCACGAUCACAUGGAUCAACGAGAAGGUGAUCGUGGCAGCAAAAUGGUCUCAGAAAUAUAUUUGACUCGUCUGCUAGCUACUAAGGGAACUUUGCAGAAGUUUGUGGAUGACCUUUUUGAGACUAUCUUCAGCACAGCCCACCGAGGGAGUGCCUUGCCUCUGGCCAUCAAGUACAUGUUUGACUUCCUGGAUGAACAAGCCGAUAAGCACCAGAUCAAUGACUAUGAUGUCAGGCACACUUGGAAGAGUAACUGUCUACCUCUACGUUUUUGGGUGAAUGUGAUUAAGAACCCGCAAUUUGUGUUUGACAUUCAUAAGAACAGUAUUACUGAUGCCUGCCUAUCAGUGGUGGCUCAGACAUUCAUGGACUCCUGCUCAACUUCUGAGCACAAGCUAGGGAAAGACUCUCCCUCCAAUAAACUACUGUAUGCCAAGGACAUCCCUAACUAUAAAAGCUGGGUAGAAAGAUAUUAUGCAGAUAUAGCUAAAAUGCCAGCAAUCAGCGAUCAGGACAUGAGCGCCUAUUUGGCAGAGCAAUCACGGUUACACUUGAGCCAAUUCAACAGCAUGAGUGCCCUGCAUGAGAUCUACUCAUACAUUACUAAGUACAAGGAUGAGAUUUUAGCUGCUUUAGAGAAGGAUGAACAGGCCCGAAGACAACGGCUGCGAAGUAAGUUGGAGCAGGCAAUUGACACAAUGGCCCUAAGUAGCUGAAAAGGCUGAGUUGUUGUUGCAGACUUCCUAGCAGUGGAUGCUAAAAGAGAAGGGGCAAGCAAGUUGCAGCAACCAGAAAACACACAAGAUAUAUUGGGGCUCGGCACAAAAACAGUGCGCGGAGUCUGCUGCGUCUUUGAACCUUUUGCACCGAUUGAACAGAAGAA